UAGAUAAUAGCUAGAAUCCAAACUGGAAAAGAAGAUAUAAUUAAGAAUAGUACUGUCAAUUUUUCUCAGUUUUCCUUUUCUCUUGUCUUGUCACUUGUGUCAAUUGUCAACAAACAAAACUUGGUAUUUGCCGCAUUGAAUCAGUUUUUAAACAUUUUUCUAGAAGUUAAUAACUGUAAUAACAACGUGUCGUAGUUUGAUGCUGUAAAAAUUGAGUAAAUAACAUCUAAAGGUAAAUAUUUCGCAAAGAGGAAGCAAGAUGCCGCAGGCCCGGCGUAAGACUCCAUUCAGCGGGAAGGCCAAGAAACAACAGCUGCAGGCCAAGAAACAGAAUAAAACCUUGAUCAUGAACACAUCAUCAGGAUCAAACAGCUAUGACGUGGUGUCGGUGAACUACCAGCCUCAGCGAGCUCGCGGUCGGGGAGAUGCCAACAGAUAUGCUCUCAAGUUCUACCGGGAGACUGAUGAGGAACUGAAGAUGAAGAAGGAGGAUGCUUUGAAAUCCUUAAACCCAGUGCCAGAGAAAGAGAUGGAGAUUGACCCGACAGACUUCUUUCCCAGUGAGAUCUCUUUCCCCAAGAGACCUCCGUGGGACUUCAGCAUGUCACUGGCACAGUUGGAUGCACAGGAACAGAAAUAUUUCAGGGAAUACAUAAAUGCUUUGACAAGCACCGUUCACUGGAAAGACAUGUCGUACUUCGAGCUCAACCUGGAGACGUGGCGCCAGCUGUGGCGCGUCCUGGAGAUGUGUGACGUACUCCUGCUGAUCGUGGACGUCAGAUAUGCUGGUAUGAUGUUCCCACCAUCGCUAUACGAAUACGUAGUGAACGAACAGAAGAAGAACAUGAUCCUUGUGCUGAACAAGAUAGACCUGGUGCCGGCUGCGGUGGUGGCAGCCUGGAAGCAGUACCUCAUGACGCGGUGCCCUGGUCUCCGGGUGGUGUACUUCACCUCCUGUCCAGGGUACAACUUGGCUGGGAACUGCAGCGACAAGGCUGGUCUGCAAGUGAGAAGACGCAAGGGUCGGCAGCGGAUGUGCGCAGAAGGCGCCACCAAGAUACUAGAAGCAUGCAAGGACAUCGUUAACUCAGAAGUGGAUCUCUCUUCUUGGGAGAAGAAGAUCAAAGAAGAGACGAACGUCGAGUUUGAUGAUGAUGAGACAGAAGUUGGUGAGACGAUUCUAGAAAAGUCCGACACAACAUACUACACACACGAGCGCUACAAGAACGGGAUACUGACAAUAGGCUGCGUGGGCCAACCGAACGUGGGCAAGUCCUCGCUCAUGAACGCCAUCAUGGGCAAGAAGGUGGUGUCCGUCUCGCGCACCCCGGGACACACCAAACACUUCCAGACUAUAUUCCUGACGCCACAGGUCCGUCUGUGUGACUGCCCCGGGCUGGUGUUUCCGUCCAAGGUGCCGCGCCCCAUACAGAUACUGAUGGGGUCGUACCCCAUAGCGCAGCUGCGGGAACCUUACACCACCAUACGGUAUCUAGCAGAGAGACUGAAUCUGCCACACCUGCUGCGAAUAGAUCACCCAGAGAACGAUGACACCUGGUCGCCCAGAGACAUCUGCGACGGGUGGGCCAAGAAACGUGGCUACCUCACCGCUAAAGCUGCAAGGCUGGAUACAUACAGAGCAGCUAACAGUAUACUGCGAAUGGCACUUGACGGCCGGAUAUGUUUGUGGCUCCGACCACCCGACUUCACGGAAGAAAGAGGUAAAUUCGAAACCUGCGAAGAGAUAAAAUACAUCAAAUGGGUGCAAGCACUUACCAAAGAUGAUGAGUUGGUGUCAUCGUCCACUCCAUCAUCAGACACGGAGCGGUCAGCUGGUGAGGACAGCUCUGGUGAUGAGAGCGAAGAUGAUGAUGAUGAUGAAAAACAUGCGGAGAUGGCAAACAAAUUUGCGGCUUUGGCUAGUGAUGACUAAAUCGAUGGGCAAUAAAUGUUGCUACUGUUGUUGCAAUGGACACCUUACUGAUGAAUGUCCAUAUUGUAUAGUCCAUUAGUAUUUUGUACUAACGGAUGAUUAAGGCAAUCAUCCAUUAGCAGAAGCAGUAGAUUAUGAAAUUGUUUACAACAGAGGUUAUUAAAACUCGAGUGUAUAAUAAUAAGAGACAGAAAUGUUUAAACUCUACUUUACCUUGCUUAUAACAAUAAAACUUUAAAUUAUUGAAAAUCACUCAAAUAUUUUAACCGUAUCUAAGUGACGAAAAAAAGUCAAAAUUAUCUAUUGAUAAGUUGGUGUCAUCAUCCACUCCAUCAUCAGAUACGGAGCGUCCGGUUGGUGAAGACAGCUCUGGUGAUGAGUGCGAAGAUGAUGAUGAUGAAGAACAUGCGGAUAUGGCAAACAAAUUUGCAGCUUUGGCUAGUGAUGAUUAGAUUAUUGGGAAAUAUAUGUUAUUACUGUUGUUGCAUUGGUCACCUAACUGAUGAAUGUUAUGUCCUCAGACCAGUUAUAUACCUACCUACCUACCAGGGUGUCGGUUUUUACGGGACACCCUGUACAAGGACCUGCGUCGCUAGACGUUACACCUCUGUCAAAGAUCUCUAUCAUAUAGAAGAAUCAACUAUCUAACGCGUUUACAAAAACUUUCGAUAGAAUCGAUAUUUGAUGUUGCAUUGUUGUAAUCGUUUUCUUUGAGUAAUGAGCUUUUUUUCAUCAUGUGAUGAAUGUAAUGUAAAAAAAAUGUAAUUUAGCUUUAAUUAAUUUUUUCCGUCAUUUUGUUUAUUGUAACGUUCCAGUGUUAACUAUUAAACUGUUGCUUAUUUUUGUAAUAUGUGAUUAUUUAUUAUUUAGGUACAGUAAUAAAGAACUGCUUAUUUA